GAGAGACUUGGGGAGUCUCACCUCUUCCCGAGCCUUUAUUCACAGCAGUUAGUCGUUGGUAGGGAAAGGAAUCACUUUUUCUUCAAGUAUAGCCACUGGAUUCACGGGUCCAGGAAGCAGACGUGGAAAUGGAAAUGGUACCUCAUCCCCAGUGAGCCACCAGCCAGACUUCUGCUUCUUGUUGCCACAAACUUAUGCUCUGCUCUCCUGGGAGUCUUGGUUCCAGAAGGGGGAGCACUUCAUACAGGAGGCACAGGAGGGAACCCUCUGAGCUGGAAGCUAAGAUUUCUCUCUAGCCACGUUGGGCUCCUGAUGCACUUCAGCCAACAGACUGAAAGUAGGAACAAUAGAGUUAGGAGGGGUGACUGACCCAGACCAAAGGGACAUUGAUUGUUUCUCUACAAUGGAGAUAAGGCAGAACAUAUCAAAUGUAAGAGAAAUACCUUGCGAUUAAAGUCAAUGGGAAACUACAACAACUCAAUCCAGGCAGGAAGAUACAGGACCCAGGCGAAGAACCAAGACUGGCUGAGGUGCUUGCUGAAGGUAGAGGGACUAUGGACUAUGUUGUGGAAGAGUUAUAAACUCCAGCUUCUCCAGGAUCCCACGUGGACCGAAAACAUUUAGCUCUUCAGGAAUCUUCCAGGCACCAGACUUGGAACUGCUGAGGUAUCUGACUUUGUAGCCUGAGCAGCCUGUUGCCAGACUGGACUGUGAGGACCCACCCAGCACACUCUGAGGAUAACGGGCAAUGGAGAAAGAAGCGGGAAGAGGGUCUGCUUCCCAGGCCACAAUGAAGAACGGCAUUGAGAACCCAGGGCUGGAACUCAUGGAAAGAGGAGAUCCUGAGCGUAGCAAAAAAGCAGAAGUGACUCAGGAACACAGCCCGAAGGAUGGCUGGAGGAGGAGCCUACAUCCUUUCAUCAAGGCAAGAAGUUUCUUCAAAAGACAUGCUGUUUUGUUCAAGAAGAUUCUGCUUGGUCUCUUGUGUGCAGCUUAUGCUGCCUACUUUCUGGCAGCUUGCAUCCUGAACUUCCAGAGGGCACUGGCAUUAUUUGUCAUCACCUGUCUUGUAAUCUUCUUCCUGGCCUGCCAUUUUCUGGAAAAAUUCUUUGGUAAAAAAUUAAUAAGCUGUCUGAAGCCAUUUAAAAAUCCGCGCCUGAGGCGUUGGGUGAAGUGGGUGUUCGCAGGAGCCUCUGUGGUCGGCCUUAUCCUGUGGCUGGCUCUCGACACAGCUCAAAGGCCAGAGCAACUGAUCUCCUUUGCAGGAAUCUGUAUGUUCAUCCUCAUCCUCUUUGUCUUCUCCAAACACCAUAGUGCGGUGUGCUGGAGGACAGUGUUUUGGGGCCUGGGCCUUCAGUUCGUCUUUGGGAUUUUGGUCAUCAGAACUGAACCUGGAUUUAAUGCAUUUCAGUGGUUGGGAGAUCAGAUCCAGAUUUUCCUGGCUUAUACGGUGGAAGGCUCCAGUUUUGUUUUUGGUGAUACACUGGUCCAAAGUGUUUUUGCUUUUCAGUCCUUGCCAAUCAUCAUUUUCUUUGGAUGUGUGAUGUCUAUUCUCUACUACCUGGGCCUUGUGCAGUGGGUGAUUCAGAAGAUUGCCUGGUUUCUGCAAAUCACCAUGGGCACCACUGCUGCCGAAACCCUGGCUGUGGCAGGAAACAUCUUUGUAGGAAUGACAGAGGCACCUCUGCUCAUCCGUCCCUACCUUGCAGACAUGACCCUCUCUGAAAUCCAUGCAGUGAUGACUGGAGGUUUUGCUACCAUUGCGGGCACUGUGUUGGGAGCCUUCAUAUCCUUUGGGAUUGACGCAUCAUCCUUGAUUUCCGCCUCAGUGAUGGCUGCCCCUUGUGCACUUGCCUUGUCCAAACUGGUGUAUCCAGAAGUAGAGGAGUCCAAGUUCAAGAGCAAGGAGGGAGUGAAACUGCCCCGUAGGGACGAGAGGAAUAUCCUGGAAGCUGCAAGCAAUGGAGCCACAGAUGCCAUAGCCCUUGUUGCUAACGUUGCUGCCAACCUGAUUGCCUUUUUGGCUGUGUUGGCCUUUGUCAAUUCUACCCUUUCCUGGCUGGGGGAAAUGGUGGAUAUACAUGGACUCUCUUUCCAGGUCAUCUGCUCCUAUGUCCUUCGACCCAUGGUUUUCAUGAUGGGUGUAGAGUGGGCAGACUGUCCACUGGUAGCUGAGAUAGUGGGAGUCAAAUUCUUUAUAAACGAAUUUGUGGCCUAUGAACAACUGUCUCAGUAUAAGAACAAACGUCUCUCUGGAGUAGAAGAGUGGAUCAAUGGCGAAAAACAGUGGAUUUCUGUGAAAGCUGAAAUUAUUGCAACAUUUUCACUCUGUGGAUUUGCCAAUCUUAGUUCCAUAGGAAUCACACUGGGAGGCUUGACGUCAAUGAUGCCCCAGCGGAAGAGUGACUUGUGCAAGAUUGUGGUCAGAGCUCUCUUCACGGGUGCUUGUGUUUCCUUUAUCAGUGCCUGCAUGGCAGGAAUCCUCUAUGUUCCCAGGGGAGCUGAAGCUGACUGUGUGUCAUUCCUAAACACAAGUUUCACCAACAGAACCUAUGAUACCUACGUGUGCUGCAGAGAGCUUUUCCACAAUACAUGGCUGAACGGCACCAACAUGCCUUCUUUCUCGGGUUCCUGGGAAGACAAGGAGUUCAGCGCCCUGAGUCUUGCUACCUGCUGUGACCUCUACAACAGCACCGUCUGUGUGUGAGACUGGCAGGGCCAUUUCCAUGACAGUUCUUAUAGAACGGGUUUGUGUUGCCAAACAGACACCGAAGCUUCACAUUCUUCAAGGACCACAUUAGAAUUCACCAAGUGAAAGUUCUGGGCUCAUUGUAGCCCUGCAUAAAAAUCAGCUCCCACCUUUCCACUGGGGUGCCAAACACCAGACAGGAGUUACUUCAUGGGCCCUUCUGGGAAGCAGCUAAGGGGGAAAAUAUCUGUGUGGUAAGGGUCAAGAUCCAGGCAGAUUCAGUCCCUGACCUGGCCCGGAGUUUGGAGAAUCAGUAAAUUAAAAAAAGAGAUGCUUGGAUUUUAAUGUGGAAUGGUGGCCGACCCCUGUGAUCACAGCAAUAAGCCUACAGCUAAGGAAGAUUGCCUCAGCCUGGGUUACAGAGUGAGAUACUGUUUCAAAACUCAAAAGUGUUUCAUAAAAGUGAUGUAGUAUACAAUGUGUCCUUGGGAAGAGAUGGAGGUGACGAACUGUGUUUCUGAAGUUCUAUGUGAAAGGCAUAUGAAUAUUUAAAAUUAACAUUUUUUCUGUUGCCAAAUAUUUGUAAACUUGAAAAUUCCUUACCAUCCUCACACAGUAACAAAACACGUUCCCUGUACAUAAAAUGCUUUUUUAAAAAAUGACUUAUUUCAUUUUCUAAAUUAUGUGUGUGGGGGGUAUGUGUGCAUGAGUGUAGGUGCCUUAGGUGGCCAGAGGUGUGGGUCCACCUGGAGCUGGAGUUACAGGUAGCUGUGCCACCCGAUGUGGAUACUCGGAGAUGAACUCAGGUCCUCUGCGGGAACAGCACACAACCACUGGGCCGUCUCUCCAGCCCUCUCUAUGUAAAAUUCUAAGUGAUAUCCAUGUGAAAGGCCUUUACAUGGUUUGCCAUUCUCCUCCAGUGCCGGCUAUCUGUACCUCAGGUUUACAGAGGAUCCGUUACGAAUAGUUUUGGAUCAGCAAGAUGGCUCACCCUGUAAAAAUGUUUGCCCAAUGACCUGAGUUAGAUCCUGCAAGAACUUCUCAGAGCAGGAAUGGUUAAGGGGCACGUACAACCACGACUACUUAACAGUCACAGCAGCCUCUCUGCUCUUGGUGUCAACUCCUCAGUAAGGGGCCAAGUGUGGUGACAUAUGCCUUGGGUCUCUGUGAGUUCAAGGUCACAUUGGUCUACAUGGCGAGUUUCAGAACAGUCAGGGAUACAUAGGGAGACCUUGUCUCAAAUAACCAGAAGGGAAAACCAAACCAAACACAAAAGAGAGUCUUCUGUACUAACUAACUAUGGUCUGGUGCCCGUGCUCUGCUGCAGAAUCCUGGAGCUGUCUAGUGUAGGCAAGUGGCAGAGGCAGUGCCAUAAGCAGCAGUGAUUCAACAACGCAUAGCUAGAAGGUACCAAGGACAUACGCCAGCCAGUCCUUUGUGAUGCUUCUGUUUAGAAGGUACCAAGGACAUACGCCAGCCAGUCCUUUGUGAUGCUUCUGUUUAGAAGGUACCAAGGACAUACGCCAGCCAGUCCUUUGUGAUGCUUCUGUUUAGAAGGUACCAAGGACAUACGCCAGCCAGUCCUUUGUGAUGCUUCUGUUUAGAAGGUACCAAGGACAUACGCCAGCCAGUCCUUUGUGAUGCUUCUGUUUAGAAGGUACCAAGGACAUACGCCAGCCAGUCCUUUGUGAUGCUUCUGUUUAGAAGGUACCAAGGACAUACGCCAGCCAGUCCUUUGUGAUGCUUCUGUUUAGAAGGUACCAAGGACAUACGCUAGCCAGUCCUUUGUGAUGCUUCUGUUUAGAAGGUACCAAGGACAUACGCUAGCCAGUCCUUUGUGAUGCUUCUGUUUAGAAGGUACCAAGGACAUACGCUAGCCAGUCCUUUGUGAUGCUUCUGUUUAGGGUUCUAGGGAUUGAAUUCAGGGGUUCCAGUCCUCAUGUUUGCACAGCAAGCACUUAAAAGUAGCUUUAAAAAUUAAUUUGUGUGUGUGUGUGUGUGUGUCUGUCUGUCUGUCUGUCUGUCUGUCUGAGCAUCCAGGCUUGAAUGUGAGGAAUAAAUUUCUAUUGUUUAAAAGCCA